AUCUAUUCUAAACUUCUCAAAAAAGAUUUCCUAUGUAGGCCAACAUAUCUAAGCGAGAAAAGUCAAACGUUGGACUGUAAUCCUUCAAAGUGGAUACAAUCUUUACUAUCAAUCAAUGGAUGCCUGGGCUGCAACUUGAAUUUGUUACUUUUGUGUGUGUGAUAAAAUAAAAAAAACAUGGAUAAGAAAGAAUGCGUUACAAAUACGCUAUGUAAUCAAAUAGUUCUCACACCUAACUAUGGUGGCUCAUCACUCAUGGAGGAAGCUGUGCUCUGCAGCAGAAGAGUUCAGUUAAAAAAUACUGACCUCACAGACGGUGAUGAAUCAAAUGAAGAAUGUGAUGCAAGUUCUUAUUCUCUUGGUGAAGAGGAUAAAUCUGCUGACGGAGAUGUACAGAAUAACAUUUUUCACCAAGUGAGUUUUUCUAAGGAAGAUUAUUUCAAUCCAGAUCAAGUUAUUGGCGACUUGGACAAUGGCAGUUACCUGGAAAACACCAGUCAUCUGGAUGACAUGAUAGAUGUCAAACCUGAUGCAAAAAGCUUGGCCAUUAUAAACACCUUACCCUCAGAGACGGUCUUGUUCAGAUGCUGUUUGUGUAAUUUGGGGUUCAAUGAUGCUUAUAGGAUGACAUUACACAUAGGACAACAUUCUGGAGUGGCUGUUUUCCCGUGUGAAGAGUGCGACAUGAAAUUUUUAAACAGCAGAAGCCUUACUGCCCACAGAAAGCUCCAUGCAGGCGGAAAUUUAAACAACUUUUCGCCUGUUAAAGAAAUCUCUGUGAAUAAAAAGUUUCACUUGCCAAUAGACUGGUACAGAUGUACCACUUGCGGUCAGAGGUUUCAGUAUAAAAAUGAUUAUUUAUCUCACCUUCUCAUGCAUGGGGAACGUCCGCACAAAUGUCGUCUCUGUUCCAAGACAUACAGAAGCGCAAGCGGCUUAAGGAACCAUGUUCAAACCCACAAGAAUAAGGAAGAUAAAUUUUUCCGUUGUUUUAUUUGCUACAAAGUUUUUAAAGAGAACUCUUCUUUGAACUCUCACCUUGUGACCCAUUCAGAAGACAAGCCUCACCUGUGUCACCUGUGUGGUCAAGCGUUCAAAUGGAAGAAUGGACUCAGCAAGCACAUGCUGGUGCACACUAAAGUCAAGCGCUACAAGUGUGAGCUCUGCGGAACUUCCUUCAACAGGCUGGAUAACAUGAAGCUGCAUUUAGUCACUCAUAUAAAGCCUUUUACUUGCUCACUUUGUGGCAAGAACUACAGCUCCAAAUACUCAAUAGACUUGCAUUUAAGUUCCCACUCAGGGGAGCAGAUUCUCAGAUGUGCUGUCUGUGACAAAGUCUUCUACCACGAAGAAGCACUUCUCCUGCAUGCACAAAGCCACACCAGUAAAGAGGUUUUUAAGUGUCGCUACUGCCUUGCUGUAUUUAAACAAAACAUCCAACUGAAAAACCAUUUAAAAACUCAUUCGUUUGCCAGGCAUCUGACAGAAGAAGUCAAGCGAUACAAAUGUAGGAUGUGUACAUUGGUGUUCACUGAUGAAAAUGACUUGUUGGCGCAUAAAGAGAUACAUUUAAUAGAGAGACCUUUUCGUUGUGAAAUAUGCGGCAAAGCCUUCCCCUGGAGGAAAGCGUUGAACGACCACAAGCGCUGCCACGCACCCAAGAAAUAUAAAUGUGAUUUCUGUGAUUUCAUGUUCAGAGAUCGGUAUUCUUUGACCAGACAUAUACGCACACACCCGCAACAGUAACAUUUUUUAUGUGGUAUCAUGAAUUAUUUAUUGGCUGCUUAUUUUUAUAUGCAAUGUUUUUAAAUAUUUCUAACUAUAUUGUAAAUAAAUGUUUAAACAAGAUCAACAAAUUAUAUAUAGUUUUUCUACACUGUAUAAUAAUAUUAAUAUUCCAUCUAGCAAGGAUAUGUAGCUCAAAAAUCUGAAUUUAUGCACGUAUUAUUAUAAUUUUCUUACGUAAACUAAAUAGUCUUUAUAUUUACCUAUAACUGUGCAUAUUCUUUCUUCUUUUUCUGCAUUCUUAAUUUUAGUCAACUUGUUAUGCCCCAUAUAGGCCUGCUUUUCUUUUUGGAUUUGCUCCCAUAGCCUUUGUCCAACAAAGAACAAACCACAAGGCAGCAGCUGUUUGAUUUUGGAGUUGUCUCUCCUAGAAGAGUUGCUGUCCCCAGCUAAAGAGCCGCAUCUGCCAGAGAAUUCGAACUCGAGAAUUUUCAGUUUAGCAACCAUAAGCUUUACCGGCUCGACCACGCCGACACUCAACCGUGCAUAUAAUAGCAAGCCAAUGUUUUUUGUUUGAUGAACAUGGUUACCAUAUUUUGUUAUUUUCUGCAAGCAUUCAGCUGGAAGAAAUGCCAUCACUAGCUCUCCUGGCAUUGGUAAGAAAUUGUUAACUAAGAUUUUAAAAUGUCCUUAUCAUCCUGAUACAUUAUUAAAAACUUUUCAAUUAUCAAUUCACUAAUUUAUUUUUGUUGCUGGUGGUAUUGUUAAGACUAGGUAUAAGUAUAAAGGUAUGAAACUUACACAUUAUGUUCUUCCCCGUAUACAUUGUAGGCCCU